AGCAUCUUUUCAUGUCCACAGUCAACUGUGUACAUUUCCCCUGGGCUUUGGUCUCCAAUGUGCGCCCUGGGGUGUGAUUCACAAUAAUGGCGCAAGCAGGUCCGGCCACGGACGUUACACAACGGCUCUUCUCAGAGUUGAAAUCGAAGAAUGAGGAGGUACGGGUCCGAGCUUCGUAUGAGCUCUACGACAAUGUCAUCGCCGUCUCAAGAGAGUGGCCUCCCGAAAAGUUCCUCGAGUACUACAACGCCGUGAGCCAACGUAUCGCACAACUGGUGGUUACAGGCGGUGAUGCAAAUGAGAAGAUCGGUGGUAUCCUGGCUCUUGACCGGCUAAUAGAUUUCGAUGGUGUCGAUGCUGCGCAGAAGACUACACGGUUUGCCAGUUAUCUACGAAGCGCACUUCGUAGCAACGAUAAUGCAGUCCUGGUGUACGCCGCGAGGUCGCUUGGCCGCCUGGCCAAACCAGGUGGGGCUCUGACAGCAGAGCUGGUAGAAAGUGAAAUACAGUCUGCGUUGGAAUGGCUCCAGUCAGAAAGACAGGAGGGUAGGCGCUUCGCUGCUGUGCUUAUAAUCCGGGAGCUUGCGAAGGGUUCUCCAACGCUGCUUUAUGGAUUUGUACCUCAGAUUUUCGAACUCGUCUGGGUUGCCUUGCGGGAUCCCAAGGUGCUCAUUCGAGAGACAGCCGCCGAAGCAGUUAGUGAAUGUUUCGAGAUCAUAGCUGCACGAGACAUGCAAGUGCGCCAGCUUUGGUUCGCCCGGAUCUACGAGGAGUCGUUACAGGGACUCAAAUCCAGCAACGUUGACUGGAUCCAUGGAUCUCUUCUCAUUCUAAAGGAGCUCCUUUUGAAGGGUGCAAUGUUCAUGAAUGAACAUUACAGAAACGCCUGUGAGAUUGUCCUUCGACUGAAGGACCAUCGUGAUCCCAAGAUUCGCACGCAGGUUGUCCUUACGAUACCGAUCCUCGCAUCUUACGCCCCUAUGGAUUUCACGAACAACUAUCUUCACAAGUUUAUGAUCUAUCUACAAGCCCAGCUAAAGCGGGAUAAGGAGCGAAACCCGGCUUUCAUCGCUAUCGGAAAGAUCGCCAACGCGGUCGGUGUGGCUAUCACCCCGUUCUUGGACGGGAUUAUUGUCUACAUUAGAGAGGGUCUUGCUAUGAAAGCGCGUAACAGAGCUGCAGUCAAUGAGGGUCCCAUGUUUGAAUGUAUCAGUAUGCUGUCGUUGGCGGUUGGACAGACCCUCAGCAAGUAUAUGGAGGCAUUGCUGGACCCAGUCUUCGCCUGUGGUCUGAGCGAGUCCCUUACACAGGCACUUGUCGAUAUGGCUCACUACAUCCCUCCGAUAAAACCCACCAUCCAAGAAAAGCUGCUUGAUAUGCUGAGUAUCAUACUCUGCGGGACACCAUUUCGGCCACUCGGGUGCCCAGAGAACAGACUUCCACCCAUUCCUAACUUUGCGAAGGAUUUUCUACCUCAAGAACCGCACUCCGACGCAGAAAUUGCGCUCGCUCUGCAUACCCUUGGAAGUUUCGACUUUUCGGGGCAUAUAUUAAACGAGUUUGUGCGCGACGUCGCUAUUCGAUAUGUCGAGAAUGACAAUCCCGAGAUCCGAAAGGCGUCCGCCCUCACGUGUUGUCAGUUGUUCGUUCACGAUCCCAUUAUCAACCAGACAAGCAGUCACUCGAUACAGGUGGUCAGCGAAGUUAUCGACAAAUUACUGACGGUGGGUGUCGGUGAUCCUGACUCUGAAAUCCGGCGGACUGUGCUGUGGUCACUAGACCGCAAAUUUGAUCGUCAUCUCGCUAAGCCUGAGAAUAUUCGAUGCUUGUUCUUGGCAGUGAACGAUGAAGUAUUCUCUGUCCGAGAGGCAGCUAUCAGCAUCAUCGGACGGCUAUCUAGCGUCAAUCCCGCUUAUGUCUUCCCACCUUUGCGGAAAUUGCUAGUCAACCUGCUUACUGGCUUGGGAUUUGCAAGCACCGCUCGCCAAAAGGAAGAGAGCGCUCAGUUGAUCAGCCUUUUUGUCUCAAAUGCCACGAAACUCAUCCGGUCCUAUGUCGACCCAAUGGUCACGUCUCUGUUGCCAAAGACGACUGAUCCUAAUGCUGGUGUCGCGUCUACUACACUCAAAGCUAUUGGAGAGCUUUCCAAUGUGGGCGGCUUCGAGAUGAAGCAGUACCUACCCGAGCUCAUGCCGAUCAUCCUAGAGUCACUACAAGAUUUGUCAUCCCACACGAAGCGUGAAGCUGCUCUCCGAACACUUGGGCAGUUGGCAACCAAUUCCGGUUAUGUCAUCGAGCCUUAUAUGGAAUAUCCCCAUCUCCUUGCUAUUCUUAUAAAUAUCAUCAAGACAGAGCAGACUGGAUCUCUUAGAAAGGAGACGAUAAAAUUACUAGGUAUUCUUGGUGCUCUGGAUCCGUACAAAUACCAACAGAUCAGUGAAACAACACCGGACAUUCAUCAUAUCAACGAGAUCCAAACAGUCUCCGACGUCUCCCUCAUAAUGACAGGCUUGACGCCAUCGAAUGAGGAGUAUUACCCGACUGUUGUGAUCAACACUCUGAUGCAAAAUAUUCUGCGGGAGAGCUCUCUGGCUCAGUACCAUUCCGCUGUCAUCGACGCUAUUGUCACUAUCUUCAAGACGCUAGGUUUGAAAUGUGUCGGCUUUCUAGGGCAGAUCAUUCCAGGCUUCUUGUCCGUAAUCCGGAGCUCUCCUACCAGUCGUCUGGAGUCCUAUUUCAACCAACUGGCGAUUCUCGUUAAUAUUGUCAGACAGCAUAUUCGUGCCUUCCUUCCGGAAAUCAUUGAAGUAAUUCGUGAAUUUUGGGAUUCUUCUUAUCAGGUUCAGGCAACGAUACUUUCCCUCGUGGAAGCCAUAGCCAAAUCGUUGGAAGGCGAAUUCAAGAAGUACUUGGCUGGCCUUAUUCCCUUAAUGCUCGACACUCUCGACAAAGAUAAUACCUCACGACGGCAACCUUCCGAAAGGAUACUCCAUACAUUCCUCAUCUUUGGCUCAAGUGGCGAGGAGUACAUGCACCUCAUCGUUCCAUCGAUCGUGCGCCUGUUCGACAAGCCACAGAAUCCUCCAAGCAUUCGCAAGUCAGCAAUCGAUACACUUGGAAAGCUUUCUCGCCAGGUGAAUAUCUCUGACUUCGCAUCACUUAUGAUACAUUCUCUGGCUCGUGUGAUUGCUAGCGGUGAUCGGACCCUAAGGCAGUCUGCAACGGAUUGCAUUUGUGCUCUUAUCUUCCAACUUGGCCAGGAUUUUAGCCACUAUAUCCAGCUCAUCAACAAAGUUAUCAAGCAGAACCAAGUCAACCAUAUUAACUAUCAGAUUCUGGUGACGAAACUACAGAAGGGCGAGUCUCUUCCCCAGGAUCUCAACCCUGACGACAACUAUGGGGCCCUGACGGACGACACAAAUUAUGGCGAGAUUGGCCAGAAGAAGAUGCUUGUGAAUCAGCAGCACCUGAAGAAUGCCUGGGAUGCAUCUCAGAAAUCGACCCGUGAAGACUGGCAGGAAUGGAUUCGUCGGUUCAGUGUUGAGCUACUCAAGGAAUCGCCUUCUCCGGCGCUUCGGGCUUGUGCUAGUCUGGCAGGAAUCUACCAACCACUCGCUAAGGACCUUUUCAAUGCUGCGUUUGUCUCUUGCUGGACCGAGCUUUAUGACCAGUACCAGGAGGAACUUGUCCGUUCCAUCGAAAGAGCUCUCACCUCUCCCAACAUCCCGCCGGAAAUCCUUCAGAUUCUGCUUAACCUUGCCGAAUUCAUGGAGCACGAUGACAAGGCACUGCCGAUUGACAUCAGGACUCUCGGAAAAUAUGCUGGCAAAUGUCAUGCCUUUGCCAAGGCCCUUCACUACAAAGAAUUAGAAUUCGAGCAGGAUCAGAACUCCGGUGCUGUCGAGGCACUGAUUACCAUCAAUAAUCAACUUCAGCAAUCUGACGCUGCUAUUGGCAUUCUGCGCAAGGCUCAGGCAUAUCGUGAUGUCGAACUGAAGGAGACCUGGUUCGAGAAGCUGCAACGCUGGGAAGAGGCACUCGCUGCGUAUAAGAGAAGGGAGAAGAUCGAUCCCGAUUCUUUCGGUGUCACCAUGGGUAAGAUGCGUUGUUUGCAUGCCCUUGGAGAGUGGAAAGUACUGUCCGAUCUAGCCCAGGAGAAAUGGAAUCAGGCAUCCCUUGAACAUAGGAGGGCGAUCGCCCCUCUUGCGGCAGCAGCGGCUUGGGGUCGUGGACAAUGGGAACUCAUGGACUCCUAUCUUGGCGUUAUGAAAGAACAGUCCCCUGAUCGCUCAUUCUUUGGUGCUAUCCUGGCACUGCACCGCAACCAGUUCGAUGAGGCGGCUAUGUAUAUUGAAAAAGCUCGCAACGGUCUUGACACAGAACUUUCGGCUUUGUUAGGAGAGUCAUAUAACCGAGCUUACAACGUCGUCGUUCGCGUCCAGAUGCUUGCGGAGCUCGAGGAGAUCAUCACUUUCAAACAGAAUGUCGGAGACCCAGAAAAGCAAGCGGCUAUGCGUGAGACGUGGAACAAGCGACUGCUCGGUUGUCAACAGAACGUUGAAGUAUGGCAACGAAUGCUCAAGGUCAGAGCGCUGGUGACAUCUGCUCGCGAGAACCUGGAUAUGUGGAUCAAAUUCGCCAAUCUUUGUCGCAAGUCGAACCGUAUGGGUCUUGCGGAGCGCUCGUUGGCAUCGCUCGAGAGCGUGAUUCAAGAUGGAAACCACACCGAGAUUGUGGCACCGCCAGAGGUUACAUAUGCUCGCCUGAAGUUCAACUGGGCUACUGGCCGCCAGAAGGAGGCUCUUCAGAUGCUGAAAGAGUUCACCGCAAAUCUCAGCGAAGAACUUGCAAAGUACAACUCCGCUCUUGCGUCGCAUCCCCCCCAUGACGGCACCAACGGCAUCAAUGGACUCGGGGAGUCAAAUCACCCUGAUGCACUUAGCCUGCGUCAGCGUAUGGGAGACAUCUCGAAGAUGAGGAAGUUGUUGGCAAAGAGUUAUCUCAAGCAGGGAGAGUGGCAAACUGCACUCCAACGGGGUGACUGGAGGGCCGAGCAUGUCCGUGAGGUGCUCAACGCCUAUCAGGCUGCCACUCAGUACAAUCGUGAAUCUUACAAGGCCUGGCAUGCUUGGGCACUUGCGAACUUCGAAGUCGUCACCACCUUGGCUGCCCAGCCAAGUCGGGAUGGCUCGAUGGUUCCUGGUCACAUCAUCAACGAGCAUGUUAUUCCCGCGAUACGUGGUUUCUUCCGGUCUAUUUCCUUAUCUUCAACCUCUUCCCUGCAAGAUACUCUAAGGUUGCUCACGCUCUGGUUCACACACGGCGGCGACCAGGAGGUGAACAGCGUGGUCACGGAAGGAUUCUCGGCUGUCAACAUUGAUACCUGGCUUGCAGUGACACCUCAACUUAUUGCUCGUAUUAAUCAGCCAAAUAUCAGAGUACGCAAUGCUGUCCAUCGCCUCCUAGCUGAAGUCGGCAAAGCCCACCCGCAAGCUCUCGUCUACCCGUUGACUGUCGCAAUGAAGUCGAAUGUUGCUCGGCGAUCACAGUCCGCGAGCCAUAUUAUGGACAGCAUGCGGCAGCAUAGUGCGAAAUUGGUUGAACAGGCAGACCUUGUCAGCCACGAACUAAUUCGUGUUGCAGUUCUGUGGCACGAACUCUGGCACGAAGGUCUGGAAGAAGCGUCUCGUCUGUACUUCGGGGACCACAACGUGGAGGGAAUGUUUGCAACUCUGCAGCCACUACAUGAUCUACUGGAUAAGGGUGCCGAGACUCUCAGAGAGGUGUCUUUCGCACAGGCGUUCGGCCGUGAUUUGGCUGAAGCUCGGCAUUAUUGCAUGCUUUACCGGGAGACUGAGGAGAUUGGCGACCUGAACCAGGCAUGGGAUCUCUACUAUACGGUUUUCCGGAAAAUCGCUCGACAGCUUCCGCAGUUGUCCACUCUCGACCUGAAAUAUGUUUCCCCAAGGUUGAAGGAUGCUGCGGACCUGGAUCUGGCUGUUCCUGGAACGUACCAACCCGGCAAACCAGUGAUUAGGAUUAUGAAGUUUGAUCCCGUUCUCCAUGUCCUCCAGACGAAGAAGAGGCCACGCAGGAUGACUCUGAAGGGCAGUGAUGGUAACUCUUACAUGUACGCUCUGAAGGGCCAUGAAGAUAUCAGGCAGGAUGAACGAGUUAUGCAGCUCUUUGGUCUUGUCAACACGCUGCUCGACAAUGAUAGCGAGUGCUUCAAGCGUCACCUCUCUGUGCAACGAUUCCCUGCCAUCCCAUUGUCUCAGAACUCCGGUCUUUUGGGAUGGGUGUCGAACAGUGACACAUUGCAUGCUCUCAUCAAGGAAUACCGUGAGAGCCGCCGUAUUCUGCUCAAUAUUGAGCAUCGGAUCAUGCUUCAGAUGGCCCCUGACUAUGACAAUCUCACUCUCAUGCAAAAGGUCGAAGUCUUUGGUUACGCUAUGGAUAACACUACAGGCAAAGAUCUGUACCGUGUGCUCUGGCUCAAGAGUAAGAGCUCUGAGUCCUGGCUUGAGAGGCGGACGAAUUACACGCGAUCUCUGGGUGUCAUGUCCAUGGUUGGUUACAUUCUUGGACUGGGAGAUCGCCAUCCUUCGAAUCUUCUACUCGACCGUAUCACUGGAAAGAUCGUCCAUAUCGAUUUCGGUGACUGCUUUGAGAUUGCCAUGCACCGCGAGAAAUACCCAGAAAGGGUUCCUUUCCGUCUCACGCGUAUGUUGACCUUCGCGAUGGAGGUUAGCAACAUCGAAGGUAGCUACCGGAUCACUUGUGAGGCUGUCAUGCGCGUGAUUAGAGAAAACAAGGAUUCGUUGAUGGCUGUUCUUGAAGCUUUCAUCCACGAUCCGUUGAUCAACUGGCGCUUGGGAACCAACGAGUCACCCGAUCGUACGUCUUUCGCAGCGGACCGCCGGCAAUCUGUCAUCGAAGACAUCAACCUCGAACAAGGCAUGCAACCAAGCAACUUCUCCCGUCAUCGCCGGCCUUCUAUCCUCGAAGGAGGUAUCCUCGACGCUCAGCAAGGCGUCCCCAACGAAGCGCGCGAGGCCCAGAAUGCGCGUGCGCUGCAGGUACUUGCCAGAGUCAAAGAGAAGUUGACUGGCAGAGACUUCAAGCCAACCGAAGAGCUUAAUGUGAGCGAUCAGGUUGACAAACUUCUGGCCCAAGCGACCAGUGUGGAGAAUAUCUGUCAACACUGGAUCGGAUGGUGCAGUUUCUGGUAAUCUUAAGCUAUAUCCGGAGUCUAUGGCGCAGCAGACCACAGGGAUGGUUUUGUAUUGUUAGUGUCUUUCUCUCGGUUUCAUCUCCGGGAGCAUGAUCGGUUUGGGGAGUGUUCAGUUUUUCUUUUUUGUUAUUGUACUCUGCCGUUGUAGUCGUCGUUUCAUCACAUGCUUUGAAGUUUCGCGAUAAUGAUCGAGACGGCAACGGAGUCGAGGUCGACUGAUAGAAAAUUCCCCUUUAUGGCGAUAGUAGAAGUCCUUGAGCGGUAGAUAUCCAAUCAACACUAUACGACCAGGC